CCGUCGCUCCUAUCGCCUCCCUGCGCGUGAUUCAUUUGGACAUAGGUGUGCAGCGAUUAUGUGUCGCGCGACGCUAGAGGCAGCCUGCGCCUGCUUAGAAGCUUCCGGUUCACUGCUUUGAAGAACAUGAAUCGUGCGCGUGCGCCAUUCUAUAUAAAAAAUGUAACUUGGGCUAAUAGAUGUGCGACAAAAUCAUGCAGGGUCUAACCCUAAUCGCUUCAGAGGCCUCGGUGUUUCGUGCAAGAACAGUACGGUGCUCGUCCGUGGUGGAAAAAAGAAACUGCUUUUGUUGUGAUGAGCCAAGGGCUGUGUUCUCGGUGCGGUUAGGGUUUUGAGAGAGUGUCCUGUGCUAGAACCAUCAAUGACAAUGUCCAAGCCUCCGAGUGAUAACCUUACCACCUACAAGUUGGUCGUGGUUGGUGACGGAGGGGUCGGCAAGUCGGCACUGACCAUUCAGUUCUUUCAGAAACUUUUCGUCACGGACUACGACCCGACGAUCGAAGAUUCGUAUAUACAGCAUACCGAAAUUGAUGGCCAGUGGUGCAUUCUAGAUGUGUUGGAUACAGCGGGCCAAGAGGAGUUCAGUGCCAUGCGGGAGCAGUACAUGCGCAAGGGGGAUGGCUUCCUGCUGGUGUACUCGGUGACAGACAAACAGAGCUUUGACAACAUGGGUCACUUCCACACUCAAAUUCUUCGCGUCAAAGAUCGCGAUUCGUACCCCAUGCUGCUGGUGGCGAACAAGGUGGACCUGGUGCACCUACGACGAGUCUCGGAGGAGCAAGGUCGAGAGCUUGCUCAGCAGCUGAAGAUAAGCUACAUUGAGACAAGUGCCAAAGACCCACCUAUCAACGUGGAUGCUGCAUUUCAUGAAGUGGUGAGGAUAAUUAGAAACCAACCACCACAGCUGGAUCCGAAGCGGCGGAGAAAGUGGUGGAAGAACUCCCGCUGCAACCUCCUGUAACGAGCCUGCCGUGAGCCACUGGUGUGCCCUUUCCAAACCCUUCCAGCCCUUUCUUGCCUGGCUGGGCGCAAUCUUUUUUUUUUUUUCUCUCUUGGUUUUGCUGGUCUUUUGAGAUA